UGGCAGGGUUCUCCAAGGAUUUUGUGGUCCUUAGUAAGUCAAUCAUAAGUUAAGUCAGUCAGGGGGUGAGAGUCUAAGUGGUGAGGAGUGAAAUUGUCAUUCGGUUGUACACCUGUCACCAUGGUUGACACGCGUCACGGUUUGAGCACCACCCCAUAUACAAAAGAGCAGGAAGAGAGUGUCGCCACCAUACUGAAAGAAAGAAAAGAGAAGGAGGUCAAGAAGAAGGCCCUAUAUGAAGCACAAGCGGCGAAGAAGAAGAAGCUUGAGGAAGAGAUGGAGAGGGUGAAGAGAGAAGAUGAGGAGAAGCUUAAAGAAGAAGAAGAAGAAGAAGAAGAGGAGAUACCCCUAAUGAGGACUGUGAGGAGAGAGGAAAAAGGGGAAUCCAGUGGGAAAGAUGAGAAGAAACUGGAGAAGAUGGUGUCGGAAUGGACCUAUGUUGGGACCGCACCGGUUGAAGAAGAGUCGCAAGUUGUGUUCACCACUUCUUGUAUGGGGGGUGAGGUGAAGCAAUGGGUUCUGGCGGAAGCAAAUGCCACGGGGUUUGAUGAUAUAGGUGAGUGGGCGAAGACUAUGACCUUGAAGCAGUUCCUUGCAAAAGUCAAGGACCGCUUUUUGGACAAGACUAUGGCCGAUAAGGCCUUCGACCAACUCACCACGAUAGGACAGAAGUCCUGGUCUUCAGUUGAGUCAUUGUCUCAUGAGGUUGACCGACUGUUGCAGGUUCCCGGUCUUAACCUGCAGGACUCUCAGGUCCUUUACAUUUACUCACAUGCAUUGCCCGAACCUAUCCGGGGGCACUUGGUCGCCGAGGCCAAGUCCGGUAAGUAUAGUUACCGUCAGUUCCGCAACCUGGCGUUACAGCGGGAACAAAUGACUUCGCAAGUCAAAGGUUCCUAUGCUGUUGCCGUAAAGAAUGGAGGAGGAGGCAGUCGAGGAGGCUACGGCAAGCGGGUUUUAUGGCGCCAAAAGCACCAGGACCAUACCCUCGUCGUAUUUGACGACGAUACAAUGGAGAAAUGGCCAUUGGAGAACGAGGGUGGUGGUGAUGGCAACAGUGACCCCGGAAAGGGGGAGGUCACCGCUGCGACGGUCAACAAGGGAGGACCGUCAUCGAACAAUCGGCCGAAGGGAAGACCACGCUCCUUCCCGUACCAUCCUGGGAUUGCGGCCGGAAGACCAUGGCUGAAGAUGGGAUUAACCCGGGAAAAACCCAAAAGGGAGCAGCCUGUAGGAAUAACAUAUGUUCCUACAGAGUCGGAGGGUGCGAUCACAUGCGAGGCGCCUACGAUCCCUUUCCGCACUCCGACUCCCGUGGCAGAGGAUGGAAACCCUUCCGCCCGUCGUUCAGAUAACCCCACUCCUGUCUUAUGCCUAUCUCUGGACGACUCCCUUGACGAGCUGGGUAGCGAGCUAGUCGCGUUAUGCAGUUCGUGGGCGAAGAAAGCCAAGUCUAAGGGGGAACUAUUGAUUGCCGACUUGGUUGUCAAUCGCACACACGUUGGUGCGAUGCUGGACCCUGGAUCCACACGAUCUUAUAUGUCUGAACGUGCAAUCCGCAAGUUGCACCUCGGCAUGAAGAUCCAAACGUUAGCUAGACCAAUCACGUCUAUGCUGGCUGACAAAAGCACGAUGAUGGUAACGCAAUACGUCGAUCGUGUUCGAUGUCAGUUCAGUACUAAGGAUGGGAAGAAGAUUUGGCAUGAGCUUCCCUUUCUAACCGAGAAGAACAUGCCAUUUGAUAUCAUCUUGGGAAUGGAUUGGCACGAGGAAGCUGAUCCCAAGAUUGAUUUCAAACAGAAAGAAGUACGAAUCAAGGAUGAAUCGUCUGAAUUGCAAUCAAUUAAGUUGUAUCAUCGGUCAGGGUCUGAUUCUGUCUUGUCUUUCUGUUGCAUGAGCUACCCUGCAUUCCGAUCGAUGGUUGCAAAGAAGAAGUUAGAGGAUGAGGUAGUCAUGUUGUUAGUUAAGAAAGUAGGUGAGUCUUCAACUACCCAUCCUCCUGGCAUAGAUGCACUCCUAACAGAGUUUGCCGAUGUUAUGUCUGAGCCUACCGGGGUCACUUCGCGUGCUAUCAAGCACACGAUCGAGAUCGUGCCAGGUGGCACGGUUCCCAAGGUCCCUAUCUAUCGCAUGUCUCCAAGGGAACUUGAGGAACUUAAGAAACAAUUGUCUGAGUUGACAGAGAAGGGAUGGAUUCGCCCGAGCUCCUCUCCUUAUGGUGCAAAAGGAAGCAAGAUCGAGCUUAAGUCUGGGUACCACCAGAUCGAGGUGGAUCCCGCCGAUCAACAUAAGACCGCGUUCCGUACGAGAUAUGGUCAUUACGAGUUCAUCGUGAUGCCAUUCGGUCUAACGAACGCACCUGCGACCUUCCAAAGAUCAAUGAACGAGUUAUUUAGGCAAUGGCUCGACGACUUCGUCAUCGUCUAUCUGGAUGACAUUCUAGUGUACAAGGCCAAGACUGAGCUUGUGAUUGCUAAAUUUCAGAUGCGAUGGGUAACUGAGUAUGGGUUUCCCAUGUCUAUCGUAUCUGACCACGAUGUCAGGUUCACAAGCAUGCCUUGGCAGAAGCUGAUGGAGGCCUACGGUACACGGCUCACCAUGUCGUCAGGUAGACACCCUGAAACGAAUGGUCAGUCUGAGCAGAUGAACCGUAUGGUCCAACAACUUCUGAGAAUGUAUGUCCGUCCUGACCAGAUAGACUAGGAUGAGAACUUACCCAAGAUUGCCGGUGCAUAUAACAAUAGUGUGCAUACCAUGACGGGACGCACACCUAACGCACUGCACAAGGGCUGGAAGCCUAAGCGUCCCAUUGAUGUUUUAACCAGGGACCAGUUUCUUAGACUUCCACCAGGGAUAAAAGAAUAUGCAAUUAUGUUUCAAGAAGACAUCAAAAAGGUGAAGGAGAAUCUGAGGAAAACCCAAGAACGCAUGAUUGAACAAGCUAACAAACACCAACGUCCGUC